CGUGAAAGCGUGCUCGAGUUGUGUUGCACACGAAGAUCAUGAUGCUGCAUUGACGCUAUAAAAUAGCGUACGCAGCGAAGCCAAUCGUCACAAACCGUCAACAAUAACAAGUCAACGGAGCUAGAGAUAGAAUUAGUGGCAGAAGCGCUACCUACCACCCCAAACCACCUCGUAACACGUCGUGUAACCUUGAAGCCGUGAAACCCACGAAACCCCAGCCUUGUGAAGAUGCCUUGCAAAACCUGUGUUGCUGACUGCAAAUGCACGAGCCCUCGCUGCGGCUCCGGAUGUGCCUGUGAGGACCGUUGUACCUGCUCGUGCAAGAAUGGCGCCAAGGAAGGUUGCUGCAAGUAGAAGAGAGGACCAACGGACUUCGGAUGUGUCCACAGUUAUCCGCUUAAAACGCAAUGUUGAAGCAUUCCAGUAAAAAUAAAAUGAAUCCUUCAUUAUUCCCAUAAAAA